UUGAAAGAAAAAGCAGAGCAGGAUCCCUUCACCCCGGAAGAGCUAUGGCGGAGGCGGUCGUCUCGAAGAUAGCUAAAAUUCUGGAAGAUUUCGCAGAGGACGGGAAAAUAUGGGAUGGUCACGAAUUUCAGAUGCUCAAGCAAACCGUUUCCACUCUCCAAGAUGUAGUGCACGAUGCGGAAAAGCAGAACCUCAGAGCAUGGCUUGACGAUCUCAAAGCUGCUUUGUAUGAUGCAGAGGACUUGCUGGAAGAAUGGAACGUUGAAGUUAUGCAACGAGAAUUGCGGAGCAAAGAUGAGAAGUUGAAGCAGGUAAAUACCCUCUUUUCACCUUCAAACGAACUUGCUCUAGAGCUGAAGAGCAAUAGGAAGAGAAUAGAAGCCAUCGCUGCUAGAGGGAAGUCUUUUCAGUUGCGAGGGUACGCGAAAGAUGUGCAAGUAGAGAGAAGAUCGAGGAACCGACAGCGGUCAGACACCUCUGUGUCCGAGGAGGAGAUCAUAGGGAGAGAUGGUGCUAAAAGGGCAAGCGCUGCUAAAGGCGCUUUAUAUUCUGAGUUGCGAGAGUACGCGAAGGAUGUGCAAGUAGAGAGAGGAUCAAGGAAGAGAGAGCAGUCGGACUCCUUUGCAUACGAGGAGGAGAUUAUAGGGAGAGAUCAUGCUAAAAGCGCAAUUAAGAAGUUCUUGUUGGACUCUGACGCUGAAAAGAAAAUUUCCGUCCUUUCAAUAUGUGGUCCGGAUGGGAUUGGAAAGACUGCUCUUGCUCGAUGUCUAUACAAAGAUGACAUGGUCAACCAGCAUUUUGAUUUAAGGAUAUGGAUCUGUGUGGGUGACGCCAUGUCUAAUUUCAAAAUGGUACUGCAAAAAAUCAUAGAAAGUGCAACAACAGAGAGAGCAGAUGACAUUGAGUCGGAGAGUUUGCAAAAUCAACUAGUGGAACACAUUCGUAGGAAGAAAUGUCUCCUAGUUAUGGACGAUGUAAGGUGGUUCGAGUUUCCUGCACAAUGGGGAAGCUUGAAAAGUUUAUUUAUGGGAGGUGCCGAAGGAAGCAAGAUUCUGAUAACUACAUGCGAUCGGUUAGUUGCGCAUUUCAUGGGCACAGCCUCAUCUUAUUUCCUUGAGGGCCUUUCUGAAAGCUCAUCUUUAGAUUUAUUGAUGAGAAUGGCAUGUAAGGAAGAAGAAGAGACUAUAGGUUCAAAAAAGCUAAUUAUCGGGAGGCAGAUAGUCAACAAAUGUCGUGGAAUCCCUUUGGCUCUACGAACAUCCGGAAGUAUACUAUUCUUCAAGAAAACUGAAGCUGAGUGGUUACGUUUUGAGCGGGAGAUCCCAAAUUAUUCUGCGGAAUCGGAUUAUUAUGGGGUAAUCACACAUGUUAUAAUUAGUUAUCAGCAUCUCCCAUGCCAUCUAAAACAGUGCUUUGACUUCUGUUCAUUGUUUCCCAAAGAUUGGGUGAUUGAUAAACUAAUGUUGACGAGUCUCUGGAUAGCUGAAGGAUUUAUCCAGCCCAUAGACAACGUAGAUCGGGAUAGGGAAGAUAUUGCUCACGACUAUUUCAUGGCUUUACUUAGGAGGAAUUUCUUUCAGGACUGUACUAAAGAUGAACUUGGAAAUGUGACCUCUUGUAAGAUGCAUGAUUUAAUGAAUGAGCUAGCAUGCACAGUUGCUCAAACUGAGUAUUCUCAACACUUUUUUCAGCUCCGGUCACCAAUUGGUGAAAGAACUCGUCAUGUAUGCUGGGAUUCAACUUUAGAUUUAUCACGGGGACUUCCCACUACUCUACUCAGAGCAAAACAUCUGAGGACGUUCUUCAAAAUAGAUCAAACAAAAAGCUCAAGGUGUGAAACUCAAUUAGGUGAAAAAACUCUUUGCGAACUUAUUUCUAUAUUCAAGUUCUUGCGCACCUUGAAUUGCCAUGAUAGUGGUAUUGAGAAGUUACCAAGUUCCAUUUGUGAGUUGAAGCACUUGACAUUUCUAGAUCUCUCUAAAAAUGAAGGAAUCAUAAGGCUUCCUGAUUCUGUGACAAGACUGCAAACCUUGCAAGUACUUAAACUCAAUAUGUGUUACAAGCUAAUAGAAUUGCCAAGGGAUAUGAGAAAAUUGGUCAACCUCAGGCAACUGGAGAUUAGCAACUGUAAUGCCCUAUCUCAUAUGCCACAUGGGUUAGGCCAGUUGACUCUUUUGCGCACUUUAACAGAUUUCCUUUUGCCUGGGGAUGAUUAUUGUCCAAAGAAUUAUGGUGGGCUGGGGGAGUUGAACAGGUUAAGCCAUUUGAGAGGAUGUCUGAAAAUCGAAGUUAAGGGAGAAAUAGAAGAUGCAGUAGCAGAAUCAAAUGCUGCAAACUUGAAGGAAAAGGAUUCCUUAGUUUCACUAGUAUUAGUGUUUGCCGGGAAAGGAAGUGAUGAAGUUCUACUCAAAGAGCUGCAGCCAAGCUUAAAUCUUCGAAGCUUAGAAAUAAGAGGCUAUGGGGGCGCAAGGUUUCCAAGCUGGAUGUCUCACAUGCCUAAGUUAGUUGAGCUACGGUUGUUUCAUUGUGCAGGAUGCAAAAGUCUCCCACCACUUGGUGAGCUUACGAGCCUCAAGCGUUUGGAAAUUGGUGAGCUACCUCUAGUGGAAUACACAGAAAGUGAUCUUCAUGCCCUCUCGUCACUUCCUAAUCUCUCUGCACUAAGGAUAUGGGAGUGUCCUAAGAUGGAAUGGAUUCCGCCCCUUCUACAUAUCAAGGAGUUGAAACUUCCUAGUUUUCCUUUGGAGUCGUUGCAAACCUCAGUUGCCACUAUUGAACAUGUAAUUGGUAUGGAUGAUCGAGUGAAGGAUGUACUCAAGUUAUUGGAAAUAGAUGAUGAUGAGGUUGGAGUGCGCAUUGUUGGAAUCCAUGGAACUAAUGGAAUUGGCAAGACCACUAUUGCGAAGGCCGUAUAUGACCAACUCUCCUCUUGUUUCGAUGGUUGUAGCUUUCUAGCAGAGAUUGGAGAAACAAUACAAAAUGCUGGUGGUAUUCAGUUUGUGCAAACUAAGUUGAUAUGUGAUAUUCUUGGGCGAGAUGGUGACGUUGCUUCUUUCGAAGGAGGAAUCAGGUUUUUCCUGGAUGUAUUUCGCAAUAUAAAAGUUCUGAUUGUCCUAGAUGAUGUGGAAGAACAGUCUCAUCUUCAUGAUCUUGUAGGAGACCAGCUUGACUGGUUUGGUUCUGGAAGUUGGAUAAUUGUCACUUCAGAAAAUGGUGGAAUUCUCCAAACAUAUGAUUCUCGAGGCCUGGUCCGUACAUAUGAAGUGAAUGAGAUGGAUAAUGAUCGAGCUCUUGAACUUUUUUGCAAGCAUGCUUUAGGAACACACGGUUUAAUACCUGGCUAUCCUGAAAUUGGGAAGCGCAUUAUCAAAGCUACGGGGCGGGUUCCAUUUACUAUUGAAGUUAUUGGUUCAUUUCUGCGUGGAAAAACAAUAGAAGAUUGGAGGAAGAUAGAGGACUUCAUAAAACCACGGAAGGAGAACUCUCGAGAGAUUUUGAAGGAUUGUAGGGAGAUUUCGAAAAUCUGUUAUGAAGCAUUAGAUGAAAAGCAGAAACAAAUAUUUUGGGACAUAGCAUGGUUUGCCAAUGGCGUGGAUAGCCGAAUUGCAUCAUAUAUGUGGCCCGAUCAAGAUCCUUUACCUUCUCACCAUGUUUUGAUGCCCCUAGUAAAAAUUGGAGCAGGCAACUUGCUGUGGAUGCAUAAGCUGUUGAAGCACCUCAGUGGAUCUAUAGAUAAAGAAGGAUAUCCUAGAAGGCGCAGUAGACUCUUUUUGCAUGAAACAGACCUGAAAGUAAUCAACAGCAAAGAGGGAAUGGAAGAGGUGGAAGUCCUAUGUUUUGACUUCAAAAACUGCCGUCCCCAUACAUUUACAGAAACAAAUUUCAAGAGCAUGCCAAACGUAAGGUUCUUGAAAUUCGAUCAUGCAAGUAUGACUGGAAAUUUCACAAAUGUAUUUCCAAAGUUGAGGUGGCUUCGUUGGCAAGGGUGCCCAAGCGAUUUCAAAGCAACAGAAUUUAAUCUGACUGAACUGGUCAUUCUUGAUCUUUCAUGGAGCAAAGUGACCGAAGACUGGGGAGGUUGGAUGAAAAUCAAGAUGGAGCAAUUGAAAGUCUUAAAUCUCACCGGUUGCACUGACUUACUGAUAAGUCCUACAUUUUCUAGCUUCCCAAAAUUGGAGAUACUAAUUCUAGAGAGAUGCUCUCGGUUGGUCCAUCUAGAUCCUUCAGUUGGUGGUCUCAAAAAUCUACUUUGCCUGAAUUUGAAGUCCUGCUCUGAACUCAACAUGUUGCCUGCCGAACUGGGUGGCUUGGAAGCUUUGAAAGAACUCCUCAUUGAUGAAACUUCUGUGCAAGAGAUUCCCUUGGAAGGUGAUUUAAAGAAACUUGAAACUCUUUGUGCCUCCAAUUGCUUGUCAUUGAGUCUCUUGCCCCAUUCAUUUGAACACCUGACAUCACUUACAAUACUCUCAGUAGAUAAUUCAAAGAUUACCAAACUCCCUGGUGGAGUGGGAGAGCUAGUGAAACUCCGACGUUUGUCAUUGAGGAAUUGUCGUUGGAUACGAGAACUUCCAGACUCCAUUGGUCAAUUAAGCUCUUUAGAGGAGCUUGAUAUGUCGGGAACAGGCGUUGCAAAAAUACCAGAUUCCUUUGGAAAUUUGCGGAGGUUGAGAGUGUUAAAGAUGGACUAUUGCUUCAUAAUAGAAUUUCCUAGCUUUAUUGGGCGGCUACAUAGCCUUGAAGAAAUACAUGCCUCCUCGUGUAGGAGUUUAAAAGGGGAGAUUCCUAGGGACAUUGGGAAGCUAGUUCAUCUGAGAAUCUUGAGGCUGCAAUAUUCUGGUAUUUGGAGCCUACCCUAUGAAAUCAAGCAUCUUUCCAAGCUGGAGACUCUUGAUCUACUUCACUGCGACAUGCUUCAUGAGUUGCCAGCACUUCCCUCUGGUUUGGUUAACGUGCGUUUGAGUCCAACACUGAAGGAAACAAUGUCUUAUCUUUAGAAUCUGUCUCUGUUUCGAAGAGUUGGUGCUGGGUUUUUAAGAUCACCUCCAGCACAAUUGGGGAAUUUGUUUCGUUAUUGUGUAACUUAGAUAACAAGGUCAUUGAAACCAGUCUUUGUCCCA